GGAAAGCCUAAAAAGGGCAUGGGGGCGGGGACAGUCCGGGAUAACCGGGCCGCCUCUUUGGCUCUGGAGUUUGUAAUCUAAAGAAUGGUCAAGUUUGUAUUUCAAGAAGUCGAUCGAAAAGAAAGCCCCGGCGCUCUAAAGCUCAGCUGACGGAAAGAGGGGUGUGCAGUUUCGAGUUUGAGUGCUACCCGGAGCCCAAAGACAGGGGUGGCCCCCAACACCUUGCACGCCCAGACUCUCCAUCGCAGGUAAUGCGGAAGAGCCGGGACUGGAGUUGGUGGCCUCCGGGAGUGAGGAACGGGAUUAAGGAUGGGUCCGCAUGAUCGUGGCAAGGGAGGCUGUGUUCUCCGGGGAACGUGAAGCGCAGAGGAAGCUGACAGUGGCCGGCGCUGGAGGCCGGACCAUGGCAACCUCAAAGCCGCGGAUCCUGCCCUGGCUGGUGUCGCAGCUGGACCACGGGCAGCUGGAGGGCGUGGCCUGGGUGAACGAGAGCCGCACGCGCUUCCGCAUCCCUUGGAAGCACGGCCUGCGGCAGGACGCACAGCAGGAGGACUUCGGAAUCUUCCAGGCCUGGGCUGAGGCCACCGGUGCUUACACUCCCGGGAAGGACAAGCCCGACCUGCCAACCUGGAAGAGGAAUUUCCGGUCUGCCCUUAAUCGGAAAGAAGGGGUGCGUCUAGCAGUGGACCAGAGCAAGGACCCUCACGACCCACAUAAGAUCUACGAGUUUGUGACCCCAGGAUUUGGGGACUUUUCCCAGUGGGACACCUCUCCAGAAACCAGUGGCCGAGGCAGUACCUCUGAUAUCCAGGAAGACAUUCUGGAUGAGUUACUGGGUAACAUGGCCUUGGCCCCACUCCCAGAUGGGCCCUCGGGCCUGACUGUAGCCCCUGAGCCCUGCCCUCAGCUCUUGCUGAGCCCCAGGUCAGACAAUCCCGUUCCCUGCUCAAACCUGGGGGCCCCUGAAAAUCCACUGAGGCAGCUAUUGGUGCCAGAGGAAGCGUGGGAGUUUGAGGUGACGGCCUUCUACCGGGGCCGCCAAGUCUUCCAGCAGACCAUCUCACGCCCAGGGGUCCUGCGGCUGGUAGGGCCCGAAGUAGGGGACAAGACGCUGCCUGGAUGGCCAAUAACACUGCCAGACCCUGGGGUGUCCCUGACAGACAGGGGAGUCAUGGGCUACGUGAGGCGUGUGCUGCACUGCCUUGGUGGGGGACUGGCUCUGUGGCGGGCCGGGCAGCAGCUCUGGGCCCAGCGGCUGGGGCACUCCCACACGUACUGGGCCGUGGGCGAGGAGCUGCUCCCCGACAGCGGGCAUGGGCCUGAUGGUGAGGUUCCCAAGGACAAGGAAGGCAGCGUGUUCGACCUGGGGCCCUUCGUGGCAGAUCUGAUUACCUUCAUAGAAGGAAGUGGACGCUCACCACGCUACACCCUCUGGUUCUGUGUGGGGGAGUCGUGGCCCCAGGACCAGCCAUGGAUUAAGAGGCUCGUGAUGGUCAAGGUGGUGCCCACGUGCCUCAGGGCCCUGUUGGACAUGGCCCGACUCGGGGGGGCCUCCUCACUGGAGAACACCGUGGACCUGCACAUUUCCAACAGCCAGCCCCUUUCCCUCACCUCUGACCAGUACAAGGCCUACUUGCAGGACUUGGUAGAGGACAUGGAUUUUCAGGUCACUGGGGAGGCCUGAGUCCUCGCUUUCUCAUGGGCGCAGGCCCUUAACACGUCAUCUCAACCAAUAAACUGCUUCCUGCUGUGGUCA